AUGACGCUGUUGUUCGCAGAAGGGUCGACGACCACUGCGCUGUCGGACGAGCGGCUGCGAACGAUUGUGCACGAGACGCUGCAGCAGCUCGAGACGACACGCGGGGCCACUUUCGAGCGCGUCGCGAUUGUGCCGCCGGACUUCACGCGCUUCCACUCCAAGUCGGGCGUCUUGUCGCAGUGUGCGUACGAGUACCUACAGGACCGAGUGACGGACGUGUUGCCUGCGCUGGGCACACACGACGCGAUGACAGACGUGGAGGUCGCGAAAAUGUUUGGCGAUAUGCCGAAGGACAUCUUUCGAGUGCACGACUGGAGAAACGACGUGGUGACCAUCGGCCACGUCCCGGCGGAGCUUAUUCUGGAGGCGAGCGAUGGCAAAGUGAAUGAGCCGUGGCCGGCGCAGGUCAACAAACUGCUGUGGGAAGGCGACCAUGACUUGGUGCUCUCGAUCGGCCAAGUGGUGCCUCACGAGGUCAUGGGGAUGGCCAACUUCAACAAAAACAUCUUUGUCGGCACGGGCGGUAGCGAAGGUAUCAACUUUUCGCACUUCAUCGGCGCGGUCUACGGCAUGGAGCGCAUGAUGGGGCGUGCGGACAACCCACUGCGCCGUAUCCUGAACUACGCCUCCACCAACUUCCUGCAGAAGCUGCCCCUGAUCUACAUCCAGACAGUGAUCGGACGCGGAGCGAACGGAGAUCUCGUGACACGCGGCGUUUUUAUCGGGGAUGACGAAGAGUGCUUUCUGAAAGCGGCCGAGCUGUCACUGGAGGUGAACUUUGAGCUUCUGGAUGCACCACUGGACAAGGUGGUGGUGUACUUGGAUCCGGAGGAGUUCAAGUCCACCUGGCUCGGUAACAAGUCCAUCUAUCGAACGCGCAUGGCCAUCGCAGACGACGGCGAACUGAUCGUGCUUGCACCCGGCGUGGCUCGCUUCGGCGAAGACAAGCGCAUUGACGAGCUCAUCCGCAAAUAUGGCUACCGUACCACGCCGGAAGUGCUUGCCCAUCUUAACGCCAACCGCGACCUCAUGAAAAACCUGAGUGCUGUUGCACACCUGAUCCACGGCUCGUCCGAAGGCCGUUUCCGCAUCACGUAUUGCCCUGGGCAUCUCACGAAAGAAGAGGUCGAAGCUGUUGGCUUUGGCUAUGGCGACCUAAAGACACUCAGUGCCAAGUACCCGGUCGACAAGCUCCAAGACGGCUGGAACGUAGACGCCGAUGGCGAGCGAUUCUUCUACAUCUCCAAUCCCGCACUGGGCUUGUGGGCGUACCGCGGACGUUUCGAAAGCUCUUCAGUGUCCAGUACUACAUCCACUGCUGCAGCUGCCGCAGUGACGGGUCUUUCUGCUGCUGUGGACACGACGGAGGCCUGCCUCGAUGCUGGCGUGGGAGGUGGCCCCUUCAAGCACACGUAA